AUGACAAUCGACAAAGGAAUGAGCAUGAACGGCCAGCCCAUUGGGGGAGGAGGCGUCAGUAUGAACGGACAACCGACGGGUGUUCCUAUGAACGGAGGAGCACUCCCGGUAGCUCACGCCACACCAACCCAAUCCGCGGCCGCUCCUCCUCCUGUGGCCUACCCCAUGAGUGGGGCUGCUCCGCCAGUGGCAUUCCCCAUGCACGAACAAGAAAAGAUUGGAUCCAAGUGCUGUGGGUGCUGCUGUGAUUUCCGCCGAGCCGUCAUUAUUUUGGACAGUUGCUUGAUGGUCUUGUCUGUCCUGGGUUUGAUUUUCCUUGCACUCCCUUCCGAUGUCUCGGAACAGCGUUACCAGCAACUGGGUAUUGAUGACGACCAAGUCGCGGAUGUUCUUAUGGAAAUGACUACAAUCACUCAAAUCAUUUCGGGGUGUGGAGUAGUGGCGUUGGCGGUGCCUGUAUUUGGAGCCAUGAAAUACAACACUGGAAUGGUUGCCUUUGGCAUUGCUUGGUUCGUUAUUACGUAUGUGGCUCAAGUUGCCAUCGAAGUGGUUUACACGGGAAAGGCGAAUGAUGUGGGACAAAAAUCGUUCAGUCAACCAUUCAUCAACUGGAUUGUCAGUGCCAUCAUCAGUGCUUUAUUCGUUUAUCCACAUGUGGGUUUGAUUAGUGAAAUCAACCAAGGAAUCAUGUCACAGGCAACCUACCCCCGAGAAGCAUUCUCAUGCUGCUGUGGUCCCAAUUAA